UCAAGAUCACAACAAGAAGCGCACAAGUUGCUAGAGUUAUUGUUAGAGAUAACAGCAAUGAACAAACUUUUAUGCCUACAAUUUCCAGAACAUUAAGAGAGACAUUAUUUACCCAGGGGAAUACAAGAAAAUUGGAUGAUGAUGAUUUUAAGUUAUAUAAGGAUUCAUCAGGAUGUACUAGUUUAAGAUGCGAAAAGGAUCUGAUAUCUGUUCACCAAAACCAGAUUGAUAAUGUUGUUGACUUUGAGACCUUUAAUAAAUUAAAAGAAUUUAGCUCCAAAGUUCAGAAUUUGGAGGAGGAAAUUAAUUCUAAAUUAAUAAAAUUAAAACAUAACAUCACCACGAGCAGUACCAUUACUACCACCACUAGCAGCAACAGCACAAGCAGUACCACCACCACUGACACCACUACUGCCAGCACUAGCAGCAACAGUACAAGCAGUACUAGUACCCCUAUCACCACCAAUAAUAAAUCAAAAAAAAUUCACACAGACAUUGAUAAAUUAACAAAAAAUAUUGUUGAUCUUGUUGAAAAUAUCAUGCCACCUACAUUUCUGCAAUCAUAUCAUCUUCAAUAUAAAUUACAUAAAGUAGUCCUAUAUGAAUAUAAUAAAUAUAUUGAUGAAGUGUAUGUAUCAGUUAAUAAUAUAUCCAAUAGAUUAUCAACAUCUGAUAAUUAUUCUUAUGUGAAAAAUAAGGAAAGGAAAAGUAAAAAUUUAUUUCCCUCCUUCAAAAAUAAAUUAAAUGAUAUAUUAUUAAAAUAUGCAGAUAAAUUUGGAUUUGUUGAUUAUCAGGAGCAGUAUCACCCAGAAGCAUCGUCAUCAUCAUCAUCAUCACAGCAAAACAAAGCUAAUCUAAUUAUUUACUAA